AUGGCUAUAUCAGACUUAGUUGAUGUUCAUAAGUUUAAAGAACUCAGGAGGAGUAAUCCUACGAAAGCUAAAAACCUUAUAAAAAAAAUAAAAAAAAAAAAUGCAAAGAAGAUAAAAAAAGAGAAAAAGAAUGACACGAAAAAUAAUGCAAAUGAAAAAAAAAAUUCAGCAAGUGGCUUCAACUAUGACUCCUACGUAGAAUAUGUGGAAGAAGAAAUUGAGGAAGACAUUUUAAAAAAUUUUGAAGAUGUAUAUAAAAAGUUUAGUUUUAAUAGAGAAGCUAAUGAAGAAUAUGAGCAUUACAUAAGUGAAGAGAAAAAAAUUAGUCUGGACGAUAGUUAUUCAGAAAAUGAUGAAGAAGAGGAGGAAGAGGAGAGAAUAAAGAACAAAGAAUAUAUAUCCAAAAAAGCUUUAAAAUUAUUAAGUAGACCAUCAGUAAUGAAAUUAAAAGAAUUUGCUAAAAAACCUGAACUUGUAGAAAUAUGGGAUACAACAGCUAGUGACCCUUAUUUUUUUGUUUGGUUAAAAUGCUUAAAAAAUUCUGUUCCAGUACCUCAGCAAUGGUGUCAGAAAAGAAAAUACAUGCAUGGAAAAAGAGGAAUUGAAAAAUUACCAUAUAUAUUACCUCCAUAUAUUCAAGAUACGAAAAUAAGUGAAAUAAGACAAGCUAUUAAAGAAAAAGAAGAACAGAAAUCUUUAAAACAAAAAAUGCGUGAUAGAGUUAGACCGAAAUUACAUACAAUGGACAUAGAUUAUCAGACACUUCAUGAUGCUUUUUUUAAAUAUGCAACAAAACCUAAAUUAGUAAAAUUUUCAGAUGUUUAUUAUGAAGGGAAAGAAUUUGAGCUGAAAACUAAGAAAUUUCGCCCAGGUGUCAUUUCAGAGAAAUUAAGGAAAGCAUUAAAUAUAGAACCAAAUGAGCCCCUACCAUGGUUAUUUAAUAUGCAAAAGUAUGGACUACCCCCGUCCUUUCCUUAUUUAAGUAUUCCUGGUCUGAACUCGUUGACAGCUGAACAACCCACGGGAAACGUUAGCACAAACGUUAGCGGUAAUGUAAGUGGUAAUGUAAGUGGUAAUGUAAGUGGUAAUGUCAGCAGUAGCGUCAGCGGUAACGUCAGCAGUAACGUCAGCAGUAGCGUCAGCGGUAACAUUAACGGUAACAUCAAUGUGAGCAGUAGCAGUGACAAUAAAUUGCAACAAGAAAGCGGAUCGAAAAUUCGGUUCGACAACAUAGACGAGUCAGGAAACAUUAUUUACGGAAAUUUCAUAUCUCAUCGAGUGAGUGAUAAUACCAAUAAAUAUGACGAUGAUUUUUUAUGGGGGGAAAUUGAUGAAAACUAUGAGGACUCAGAAGAAGAAUCUGAGGAAAAUGAAAAUGCAGGGGAAGAGGAUGGUGAGGAAAAAAAGAAAAGUCAAACAAAAGAACAAAAAGGAAAAAAUGAAAAUACAGAUGCUGAAAAUAUAAAUAUAGAUUUGAAUGAUAAUAUGAAUGAAGAUAUGUUAAAGAAUAAUUAUGCUAGUGGAAUAUAUAGUGUUGUUACUAAUUCAAAAUUAAAUGGGUCUUAUACACCUUAUAUGGAAAGUGGUUUAACAUCUGUAGAUUUAACUUCAUUUGUAUCAGGUUACGAAACACCAAAGUAUGUAUAUACUAAUAAUUAUAUGAGUGCACCAAAUAAUAAACCCUACACAGUUUUACAAAAAGAAGAUGUGCCCAUUUCGCAGAAUAAUUUAUUUGCUUCAAACAUUAAAUAUAAAAUUAGUCCAUCCGUUUCUUCUAUUAUGAAUAAAGCUUCUAAUAUAACUGAAGGGGAAAUGACUCCUUUUACGAACAUCGGUGUAGGUACGCCAUAUGUGCAAAGUGAAACGGGUAAAGUUGUACAUAAAAUUCAACCUGCUACUUCAAAUGUGGAGGAUAUUAAAAAGGAACUAAGUAAAUUUGAAGAAAUAUCAAAUAAAGCAAAACUUCUGUCUGCACAAGUGGACAAUCCAAAGAAGCCCAAAAAAGACGAGAAAAAAAAAAAAAAAAAAAAGUAUUUCAAGUUUUAG